CGCGCCCCCGCACCACGUGCACAGCUGAUCUGUAUUCAUCCUCCUUUCACUGCACCGGCGCGUGUGAUCUCCAUGGGAACGUCGUCACGCAGGAGGAAGUGAACGAGACGUUGUUUUGACAGUGAGCUUGCUUCUAGCAUGGCAGCAAAGGCACUUCUGCCUAGGAGGGCCGACCUCACUGAAUUGAAAGCCAUUUUUGAAAAGUAUGCCAGCAUAAAGAAGAAUGACGAGCACUUCAUGUCACCGCAGGACUUUGUGAGCCGUUUCCUUCAUGCCCACACAGACAUCCGUUUGUCAGACGAGGCCACAAAGCUGCUGGCUGGAGUGGUGGAUCAAAAGAAAGAUGGGUUGAUCUCCUUUCAGGAGUUUGUAGCAUUCGAGUCAGUGCUGUGUGCUCCAGACUCCCUCUUCAUGGUUGCCUUCCUGCUGUUUGAUAAAGCAGGGAAUGGAGUGACCACUUUUGAGGAUGUGAAACAAGUCUUCAGCCAGACCACCAUCCACCAGCACAUCCCCUUCAGCUGGGACUGUGAAUUCAUACAGCUGCACUUCGGCAUACAGAGGGACAGGCAGCUCAGCUAUGGAGAGUUCACCCAGUUUCUCCUGGAGAUGCAGCUGGAACAUGCUCGGCAGGCUUUUAUCCAGCGGGACCAAGCCCACAGCGGCUCCAUCUCAGCCCUGGACUUCAGGGACAUCAUGGUCACUAUCCGCCCACACAUGCUCACACCCUUUGUGGAGGAAUGCCUCGUGGCGGUUGCGGGUGGCAGCACAUCUCAUCAGGUCAGCUUCUCAUUCUUCAAUGGCUUCAACUCACUUCUCAACAACAUGGAGCUGAUCAGGAAGAUCUACAGCACCCUGGCCGGCCACCGGCGAGAUGUGGAAGUAACCAAAGAGGAGUUCAUUGUGGCUGCUCAGAGGUUUGGCCAGGUGACGCCCAUGGAGGUCGACAUCCUCUUUAAGCUGGCUGACCUGUCAGAGGCUCGUGGACGUGUUGGUUUAGUGGACAUUGAGAACAUCGCUUCGCUGGAGGAAGGCGCCCUGCCCUACAACUUGGCUGAGAUCCAGAGACAGCAGUCGGGCAUUGACGGCUCCCGCCCCGUCCUCGUCCAGGUGGCAGAGUCGGCCUAUAGGUUCACCCUUGGCUCAGUGGCAGGGGCCGUUGGUGCCACAGCAGUGUACCCCAUUGAUCUGGUGAAGACACGCAUGCAAAACCAGAGGAGCAGUGGCUCCCUGGUGGAAGAGCUCAUGUACAAGAAUAGCUUUGACUGCUUCAAGAAGGUGGUGCGCUAUGAAGGCUUCUUCGGUCUUUACCGAGGUCUUGUACCACAGCUACUGGGUGUGGCCCCCGAGAAAGCCAUAAAGCUCACAGUGAAUGACUUUGUGCGGGGAAAGACCAGACAGAAAGAUGGCACAGUCCCGCUGGCAGCGGAGGUCCUGGCUGGUGGAUGUGCUGGUGGCUCCCAGGUGAUUUUCACCAACCCUCUGGAGAUCGUAAAGAUCCGUCUGCAGGUGGCAGGAGAGAUCACCACGGGGCCAAGGGUCAGCGCUUUGUCCGUCAUCAGGGACUUAGGAUUCUUGGGACUUUACAAGAGAGGAGACAAAGUGCAUUGGUGUUGGUGGUGGUGGAGGUGGAGUGGAGGCAGGGAGGAGACGAGCUCCAGCCUGCAAGCCCCAGACGGGCUGGCUCCGGAGGGGCUGCACCCAGGCACAGAGCUGCCUUUGUCAGGGCUUCUUGUCCCAGUCCCGGUGACGCUGCUUGUCUGUCCUGCCUCGAUAGAAUCUCCCAGCUUUCAGCAGCCGCUCGGGCCCCAGCCAGCCAGAUGGGGAGACAGGCAGACAAGAAGUGCCAGAGGAAAGAGAGGGAAAGAGAUAGCCCAGGGUUCUAAGGCCUGUUUCCUGCGGGACAUACCCUUCUCAGGCAUCUACUUCCCCUGCUACGCCCACAUCAAGGCUUACCUCUCUGAGGAGGACGGAAGGAUAGGGCCAGCCAAGAUGCUGUUUGCUGGAGCAUUGGCAGGCAUGCCAGCGGCCUCUCUGGUGACGCCAGCAGACGUGAUUAAGACCAGACUACAGGUGGCGGCACGUGCCGGUCAGACCACCUACAGCGGCAUGGUGGACUGUUUUUGGAAGAUUCUCAGAGAAGAGGGACCCCGGGCUUUCUGGAAAGGAGCUGGAGCUCGUGUGUUCAGAUCCUCGCCUCAGUUUGGAGUGACCUUGGUGACCUAUGAACUCCUGCAACGCUGGUUCUAUAUCGACUUUGGAGGACAAAAGCCGGCUGGCUCGGAGCCCACCCCCAAGUCUCGGAUCAGCCUGCCGGCGCCCAACCCCGACCACAUCGGAGGCUUCAGGUUGGCCAUGGCCACGUUCGCUGGCAUCGAGAGCAAGUUUGGACUCCAUCUCCCAAGCUACACUGUGGCGACAGCAGCAGAAGCGGGGGACCCCCCCUCCACUGUGAGCACCCCCUGAACCUGAGGAGGGGGGGGGUGGUAAGGGAAAGAGAAGGCUCAAAUGUUUUUCAUUUUUUGUAGAAUUUUAAGUUACUCAUUUAAAGUUAUUUAUAAUAUUUUCUUCUUGUAUGGCAGCCUAUAUUCAACCAUAUGGAUUAGUAAGCAUGGGUACUCAAAGAAAGUUCUUUGUAGGACUCAUGCAGUAUUUAUUUACCUUUGAUUGACGCUGUAUAGAGUUUUAUUAUAAUGUGGUUUAUACAGUAUGUACAACACACAGGCAGCUGAAGGCCUGGCAGAAGUUUAAACACACUGCUUGCUUUUUUUUUGGGAAAAUAGUGUCAAACACCCAUUUGCAGCUUUUUCCAGUGUCUGCCCUUUGUUGCUUUAUCCUCAAAUGAUCAUAUAGCUGGUUUGAAAAAAGAUUUAUCAUAAAUAAGCACAUCUGUAUAUACAAGAAAUCCAGAGACAUAUUUUAACAUCUAUAAGGCUAUUUUUGUCCUGAGUUGCUCUUCCAAUAGUGUGCUGAUUUGAUCGAAUGUAUCAAUAAGAAUAGAACCAAAAGGUACUUGAAUGUAAAGACACAGCACAACAUUUUGACUGUAGACGUUUACUGGUGUAAGAUGUUUGGUUCCAGGUCUAAAUGUAUGCAGAUGUGUGAAUAUCUGUAGAGACUGCUGGCACCGACUGCAGUUCUGUAGUAUGUCACGAUUUUGUUUGUACAAACACAGAGAAUGUAGGAGUUACAUAUGGUGUGUGAUAAUUGUGCCUUACUGUGCGUAUGGCAGCAACAUGUGUACUGAGAGUAAAAAGAAACUUAUAUUAGUAAA